AAUUCCUUAUCAAAUUCAUGACGAUUUGUUUUGAUUUUUGUUCCUUUAGUAUUUGUAAAAAGAAAUCAUUACGAGGAUGAUAAAGGUUCAAUGUUAUGUGAGCGAAUUCUCAUUACCUUCACAUACUUGAUUCAGUCUUAAUUGUACAGUCAAAGGAGGCAGAAGGGAAAAAAGUUGAAAAUGGAUCUUUUAUUAAUUUUUAUUGUGUCAAUUUGCAUCUUUUUUGGAUGGUAUUAUACUAAGUUCCGUGAAACUUUAAAACUAGCAGCAAAAUUGCCAGGUCCACCACGUUUACCAUUGAUAGGGAAUGCAUUAAUGCUUGCAGGAAAAUCGCCAGUUCAAUUGCAUAAUACAUUUACUGAGUGGGCUUCCAAGUGGCCUAGAAUCACAUGCAUAAUGCUUGGUCCACAGUGUGAAGUUUUAAUAUCGGAUCCAAAGCUUGCAGAAGUAUUUUUGAGCAGUCAGAAGCUUAUUAAUAAAUCAGAUGAGUACGACUUCUUUACUGCCUGGAUUGGAACUGGUCUUUUAACAUCUACAGGACGAAAAUGGUUCGCAAGACGUAAAGUUAUCACGCCUGCAUUUCACUUCAAGAUUUUAGAUCAAUUCGUUGACAUUUUUGACAAGCACACAGACAUUUUUAUUGAUGUUUUAAAAAAGUCAAAUGGCAAGCCAAUCGAUGUAUUUCAACCAGUUACACUUUGCGCUUUGGAUAACAUUUGCGAAACUGCAAUGGGAAUUGAUAUUCAGGCACAGAUUAAAACAGACUCGCUUUACGUGCAAGCUGUUAAGGAAAUCACAUCACUUCUGAUCGUCAGAAUGUUUACCUUUUAUCUUCGUCCUGAUUUCAUCUACAAUUUAUCAUCGAUAAAAAAACGACAGGAUGAACUGAUUAAAAUUCUUCAUGACUUUACCGAUAAAGUAAUUGUGAAUCGACGUGAAGAGCUUAUUAAAUCCAAAAACAAUAAUUUAGACGAGAACAGCAAUAUAAUUGACGAAAAUGAAGACAUUGGAGCUAAGAAGAAAAUGGCAUUUUUGGAUGUUCUACUUCAUUCAUCAAUUGAAGGAAAGGCAUUGACAAAUAUGGAUAUUCGGGAAGAAGUUGACACUUUUAUGUUUGAAGGACAUGAUACAACAAGCAGUGGAAUUGCAUUCUGCCUUUAUAAUUUAGCCAAACAUCCUGAAAUUCAGCAGAGGGCAUAUGAAGAAGCCAUAAAUAUUCUUGGAACUGACUCAAGCACACCAAUCACAACUACAACAUUGAAUGACUUCAAUUAUCUUGAAAUGGUGAUAAAGGAGACGUUAAGGCUUUAUCCAAGUGUCCCAAUGUUUGGUAGAAAAGUACAAGAACAUGUUCAAUGUGGUCCAUAUUUGAUUCCAAAAGGUUCAAAUGUCGCAGUUAGUCCUUACUUUAUGUCUAGAGAUCCAACUUUGUGGGAAGAUCCUUUAAAAUUCGAUCCAGAAAGAUUUUCUUCGGACAAACAACAAUCACAUCCAUACAUUUAUGUCCCAUUCAGUGCUGGCCCGAGGAAUUGUAUAGGUCAAAAGUUUGCGAUGCUGGAAAUGAAAAUAACAGUCGCAAAAGCCUUGAAACAUUUUGAAAUGUCUGUUGUGCCUGGUUUUAAUCCAAUUGUUAUGUCAGAACUUAUUUUGAGACCUGAAAAUGGAAUUCGGCUGCAACUUAAAGAGAGGAAAGCUGUUUAAAUGUUGUGCCUAUUUUUGACUAGUCGUGAUAUUUUGUGAAGCAAUUGAUUAUAUUGAUAUCUUAAUGAACAAAAUGUGUUUAUGGAUUGUUGACUUUUUUAUACAGAGAUUAAAAUUAUAUUUUAUGAAUGAAGUAAAAGAUUUUGUUUAAAUUUUA